AAUACAACAUCCCUCAUUUUCCCAAUGAUGCGCUAUAGGAACCCCGUUUCCAAGACUGAGAAAUUGAUCCCCUCAAGUUAAAAUUUGGUGCAGUUCCAGACCGGCAAGUCGGACUCCGAGAACCCUGAAAAUUACAGUUGACCACUCACGGGAAAACACAACUAGGGCCGAAACAUCCUUGCCCAUUUAACCAGCUCCUCGAAACAAGUUCGAGUCGUCAUCUACAGAUAAGUAAAUGCACAAACCGCUUCUUCUCUGGCGUUGGUAAACUGGUAAUGGAAUCGACCAUCUCAACAUCCAGUGUUUCUGUUGCUGCUUCUACCAGAAAGGCUGUUUCUUCUAAACGCCUUUUAUUUGAUCGUCGUUAUGGUUGGGUGUUUGACGAAUGGAAGGAACCUUCAGAAGAAGCUUUAGCUGGUGGCAGAGGAAUGUUUUGUAUUUUGCCUCUCGCCAAAGCGCUAGUUAACAUCGCUUCUCAAUCCAUUAACCUUGCAACAAACUCAGCUGUGAAAGCUCUUGAAAGACCGGAUCAGUUCUCGCCUCAAGCCCUACAAGCAAAUCUCAAUCGGCAGUUUCAAAAUUUUGUUUCUUCAUUUCAGCAACCCAAUUCCAACCUUUUCACCAAAACGAAAGCAGAUUCCUCAAUACUGUCUUCCACCAGUUUUGAGCAUAUUAGUUCGGAAAUCAGUGAUUCACAAAAUGGCUAGAAUUCUACUUUUAUUACAUUAGCCUACUUCUAACUUGACUGCACUGGAGCUGAAAGAUCCGGAAGGUGUUUCAUUCUAGUCUGGAAUUCAAGUAUGCAGUUUUCUUUUUCAUUCUCACCAAGUGUAUAUCGAGAUUUUUAUUAGGAAAUAAUAUAAUUUGAAGUUGAAAGAGAGAAAAAUCACGAGUGAGGUAGCGGCACAAACAAUAAAUUUGAUCAUUUUUUGUGUUGUAUUUUUAAGUGAAUCUCCUUUUACAGUUAAGGACCUAUGUCUCAGUUGUUUACCUACUUUUGAUGUUUUGAGCAAUGUAAGUAAAUUGUGUCAA